AUGUACAUAGGAGAUAGGGUUGGCGGAGUGAAUGAACGGCGACGCGAAUCUCACGCCAAAGCACGCGCAGCCGAGAUGGAAGUGGGAGAUGGAAAGGGUACUGUUAUUGUGUACUCCCUACCGACUCAACAUCCUUUGCAAUGCACAUCAAUACCCUGGAGUCUACUCGACGCUGCUGCUGCGAAGUCCGAACGGGGCGCAGCUGCUGUAGAAUCGCUCCUGCUGCGGAUCCCCCAGCCGGUAGACAACCAUCAAUAUUGCCAGGGAAUUCGUGGCAUGCAACACACGCUGAGCACUGCAUCUGACUUGAAACAAGAUGUCCUUUCGAAAGCCUACAUCGCUGUCCAUACACAUUGUUGGCGAAACUUGCCGCACACUCCUGUCUCCAGCAUUGUCACAUUCACAUUCUUGUGCUCUCACAAGCUGAUAGAUGAUCGAAUCGCAAGGCCCAUGCCAGGCCUGCCAACGGAAGAAGAUCAAAAUUUGCGGACCUUGCUGAUUAACUCCCGUAGAUGUGAUAGAAUUUUCCCAUCGUCGACAAGAAAGCCACGAGUGCGUCAUCCUGGGAAGCGUGCAGUGGACUCAGAAUUGCGGAAUCGCAUAACGAAGCUUGAGAGCCUGGUCGAAAGCCUCAGCGGCGAAGUAGGACUAGUUGACAUGGACGCUGUUGCUCCGCCUAGAACUCCUCAUGUGGCUACCAGUACCCAUGGCUCACCGGUCGUGGAAGAUAGCAGUCCGUUCUGGUCUACUUUGACGAACGAGGUCCAAGCUCUGCGGGACGCACUUGACGAGGAUGGAUCCGACGAUGAGGCGGCUUCGUUGCCUGAAGCACAAGGUGGACUCCAACGGACCGACGACUAUACGCUGACACAUGACCUAAUGAUCUGUCCCCCUGGUGCAAUAUACGUGAUACCAGGAGCUUUACCUGAGCCGGCGUCUCUGAUGGCCGAAGAGCUGUACAGAAUUUAUCUCACCAACGUUGACCCCGUCUUCAAGCUUCUUCAUAGACCCACUGUGGAAUCAUUCUUGUACCACGACAUGCCGUAUUGUGGACGGCCUGCCAACUCUGCACCGAAUCGGGCGCUCAAGACAGCAAUAUGGUUCGCAGCACUCGUUUCAGCACUGCCCGCCCUGACUUUGGCCGAUGUGAUGGUAACAACAGAUUUGGCAACGCUACAGGCACCCGGCGUCCGCUUGAAUCUUCAUCACGAGAACGCUAGCCACACCCCGUUUGAGCAAGAGAUGAGAAGACGACUGUGGCACCAAAUCCGAGUGCUUGACGCGUUUGCAGCAUCGGACAGGGGAACUGAAGUCCUCAUCCCACCCACAUCAUUUACCACGGCUCUGCCAAACAACGUCUACGAGGACGACUUUGACGCGAACUCCCCCUACAUCCCUGAUGGAGAGACAGGCAUGAGCGAUAUGAGCUUCAAUUUGAUGGCUCAUCUGGCCACUAGAGUGACUAUGCAGCUUCUUGCGCCGGAGCAUACUCCCAAAGGCGAGACAUGGCAACAACGGCUCGAAUUAGCUCGCAAUCUGGGCAACGAGCUGCGCGAAAAGUAUUUGCUAUUCUGCGACCUUUCAAAGCCUUUUCAUAGGUUCAUCCACGCCGUUGGCACCUCCAUGGCUGCUUCGAGCAUGCUGAGAGCGGUGAGACCGCUGCAAAAACACAUAUCCAGUAAAUAUAGGAAUUCCUUUCUGCUGAAAGGAGUACGUGAUUGUAAGAGGAUUUUCAAACCAUCGCGAUCAUUCAUCGCUGACGUUGUACCAGGCAUACCACCAAGAGCCGAUAGCCCUCUCGUCCUUGAGCUGGCUGUAGAUAGCCUACGGGCAAGUGAAGCUACAUAUGACGAUCCAGAGGCUGGAAAAUGGCGAUGGAUGGUCUGGGUGCAAUGGCACGCUCUCGCUGUUGCCUUGGCAGGACUCUGCUCUGUCCGCGACACUCCACUCGCCAAGACGGCAUGGCUUUAUGUCGAGAAAGCGUACGAUCGCCAUUCAAAGCAAGUCGCUGAUUCACGCAAUGGCAAACUGUGGCGGCCGGUCGAAAAGCUUUAUAGAAAGGCCAGUGCGUUCCGCGACGGCAUCUCAGAAUCAGCCAUCAAGACCCACAAGAAAAGUACAAGCCUGCCGAAAGUACCACAGCCAGAAGUGGAUGUGUCGAGUCUGUCUCUAGAUAAUGCCAUGAUGCCUGACACGAUCGCGUCACACCUAGCCAAUCUGCAGCCUUUGCAUGUGCAGAACCACAGCACGACGACCACCGAAUCUGUGAAUGCCGAGAUGGAUACGCAAUGGCCUGCUAUGCCAUCGCAAGGCGCCGACCUCCAAUGGAUGGAUUGGGAGAACAUCAUGCAAGAGAUUUCGACGGUGUCAGGAGGGAUGGAUUUGAACGAGUUCGAGGUGCCCCAAAAUUUGGACUUGAUGCAGAACACCAAUAGUUUGCCCGAGCCGCGUGAGUGGCCAUUCUCGUUGUAUCAGAAUAUGAUGUAA